AUGGAGGGUCCAGAUUUGGGCUCUUCGAAGUACGCUUGCAAUAGUGUCAGCUCUUUAGGAAAUUACAGUACCAUUUAUACAGGCUUGAUCGUCGAUGCCGUGCUCGAUUCGGCUAUUUUGAAAGGGAAACUCACCGAGUUGGUUGGAUUAUGGCCAAUACUUGGGGGCGAUUUGAUCAAAGAUACAAAACCAUGGUCCUUCACCUGUGGCUCUACGGUCGAUUAUGCCAGCAGGGCUAUUGACCAAUCACUGGCUACGUAUCUUCCGAUCUAUCACGAACAACAUGGCAAGGAGCCAAGUAUCAUGGAAAGCCCCGAAAUAUCCGCGGUUGAUGAGAAGUUCAUAUUCAAUGUCUCUCCUAGCCUCGCAAACAGUUUCCGCCUCCGUGUCACUCUCCUACAGGAUGCUACUUUACUCUGUUUUGGAAUCACACACCAUAUUUGCGAUGGCAAUGAUUGUUGGGAAGUGGUCAAAGCGUUUUGUGACCUAUUGUCUAAUAAGCCAAUUCCUUUAUUUGCUCUUCCGCCUGACGCCGGGGAUGUUCGAAUGUCCGAUCUGAUGAAAGCCAAAAAUAUGUGCUCUGAAACCGAAUCGAAUUUCCACUACCGGACACACGCACAGAACUAUGACACUGGAAUACUGAAUCUGGCAAUGACUGUAUGGCGCGUGCUGCUGACGAUCAUUGCUAUGAAGUUUGGAUUCCUUGCGGAGCUUACAACCAAGUUCAUCUACAUUCCAGGCGCAUGGGUCGACGAAUUACGGGUCAAAUCACAGGCAGAGCUGAAAGACUGUUCUCCUGAGAUUCAACUCACACGAAACGAUGUUAUUGCGGCGUGGUAUCUGAAAUCCGUCUAUUCCCAUCAGCCUACAGCUAUGUCCCCUAAUCCAGUGGACUACUUUGGGAUAAUCGACUUUCGCCGCUUUAUUGAGCCCCCGAAGCCUGGAACAUACUACAUCCGCUGUAGUGUUGGGGCAUUUCGGUGUAAAUUCUCCGUUCAGCAGCUGAAAGAAGAGUCAGUGGCUGAGAUUGCACGGGAUAUACGCCUCACAACACUGCAAUAUACAUCCACCGAAUCCGUCCACCAGAGCCUUCGGUUCUCAGAAAACCAUACAUCUAAAACUCUCACUUUAGCACUGCGUGGCACUAUAAACCUGGGGUUUGUUGUGGUAUCUCAUUGGACAACUUUUGAUUAUGCAGGUCUUGAUUUCUCGGGUGCCAGUCUUAAUGGGCAAAAAGCGCCAGUCAUAUUUGUGAACCCCAUGAUCGUAAACACAUGGAACCUCACGAUAGCACCUGUGGCUGUCGUCAUGAAGAAUGGGUCUGGAGGCUACUGGAUUCGUGCUACGAAUACAUCAACUGGUUGGGAACGGUUCAGCCUAUCUAACAGCAUCGAAAGUCUGUUUCCUACAUAG